AAUAAGAAUAGUGUACUUUACACAGAAGAUGAUUUACAAAACAUAGAACAAUUAAACUCAAGUGUUGAUGAAAUAGAUUCAUCAUCAUCAAUAACAACAUCUACUACUACUACUUGGGAUAUGAAAAUUGAAGUUCGUUGUUGUACAACUUUACAAGCAGCUCGAUCUUUAGUUGCUGAAGUGGGUGAAGAACGUGUUGGAGUAUUAAAUUUUGCUUCUGCUAAAAAUCCAGGAGGAGGUUUUAUUAAUGGUGCUCAAGCACAAGAAGAAUCAAUCGCUAGAUCAUCAUCACUUUAUCUAGCACUUACACAAGCUCAAUUUCUCCAUGGAUUUUAUAAUUAUAAUCGAAAUGGUGAAAAAGGUUUCUACAGUCAUCGAAUGAUUUAUUCACCACGAGUAACAAUUUUCAAAGAUGACAAUGGAGAAUUAUUAUCUUCUCCAUAUCAUGUUGGUAUGCUAACAGUUCCUGCUCCAAAUGCAGGAGCUAUAAAAGAUUCGAAAGCAACUCAAAAUACAGUGAUGGAACGUGUCAAACGUUUAUUAUAUGUUUUCAAAGCAAAUAAACAUGAUCAUCUUGUUUUAGGAGCAUUUGGUUGUGGUGUAUUUCAAAAUAAUCCAUUAGAUGUUGCUAUUAUUUUUCGAGAACAUCUCGAAUCCGAAGAAUAUCGAAACUAUUUUAAACGAAUUAUUUUUGCAGUUUUAAAUGCCGAAAUGUGUCAGAUAUUCGAGCAAGUAUUUGCCGCUCCUGAUUUAACUACUAUACAACGACAAGUUACAACAACGUCUCCGAAUGAUCGUGACAAUAAACACAAUUCAUUCAACAAUCGGAAUAAACAGAAUAAAAAGAAGCGCUAA